AUGGCGGCGGCCGCGGCGACGGCGGCGGCUGAGGGCGGCUGCUCCGGUGGUGGCGGCGGCGGCGGCUCCGCGGUGCUCAUGCCGGCGGCGGCGGCGGCGAGCGGGAGCCUGGCGACGGGGGGCUGCAGCGCGGCGGGCCCGUCGUCGUGGACGCGCUCGCUGGAGCGGGCGCUGGAGGAGGCGGCGGCCAGCGGCGCCCUCAGCCUCAGCGGCAGGAAGCUGAGGGACUAUCCGCGGGGCAGCGCGGCCGGCCACGACCUGAGCGACACCACCCAGGCCGAUUUAUCACGGAACCGACUCUCCGAGUUGCCACAGGAAGCGUGCCUCUUCGUUUCCCUCGAAAGCUUGAAUUUGUACCAGAAUUGCAUUCGUUAUAUUCCAGAAGCCAUCCUGAAUUUGCAGUCCUUAACGUUUUUGAAUAUCAGCCGUAACCAGCUCUCAACGUUGCCGGUCCACUUGUGCAGCCUUCCCUUAAAAGUUUUGAUAGCCAGCAACAAUAAACUGGUCUCCAUCCCGGAAGAAAUCGGACAGCUGAGACAUCUGAUGGAGCUGGAUGUCAGCUGCAAUGAAAUCCAGACUAUCCCUCCCCAGAUUGGCAAUCUCAAUUCCUUGCGGGAUCUCAACAUCAGGAGGAAUCACCUGGUGCAUUUACCUGAAGAGCUUGCCGAGCUGCCUUUGAUUCGGCUAGAUUUCUCCUGCAAUAAAAUCACGACAAUCCCAGUGUGCUACCGGAACCUCAGGCACUUGCAGACAAUCACCUUAGAUAACAACCCCUUGCAGUCUCCCCCCGCCCAGAUAUGUAUAAAAGGAAAAGUCCACAUAUUUAAGUAUCUGAACAUGGAAGCGUGUAAAGUGGUGCCAGACCUUCCCGAUUACGAUAGGCGACCGAUAGGCUUCGGAUCCUGCCACGAAGAUCUGUAUUCGAGUCGACCAUACGGAGCGCUGGAUUCCGGCUUCAACAGCGUAGACAGCGGAGAUAAAAGAUGGUCAGGAAACGAACCGACCGAUGAAUUUUCGGACCUUCCCUUGCGAGUGGCAGAGAUCACGAAAGAACAGAGGCUGAGAAGAGAAAGCCAGUACCAAGAACACAGAGAGAACUCGCUGGUCACAAAUGGAGGAGUGGAGCAGGAUCUGGAUCAAAUCGACUUUAUUGACAGCUGUGCCACUGAGGAAGAGGAAGAAGAAGUGAGGCAGGCCAAAUGCCCGGAGCCAGACAGUCUCAGCACGCAAUUCAUGGCCUAUAUUGAACAACGGCGAAUCUCCCACGAGGGUUCACCCGUAAAACCGACAAACAGCCGAGAGUUUCCUAGGUCGGAAGAUGCAAGAAAAUACCUCCAUCAAAAUAGAGAUGCAGAAGAAUUAAAACGACCCGAAAGUCUGAGUUUAAUGCAAGAUAGGGAGCGACAGCAAGGAUUAAGGAACUUUAUAGAUCGGGCAGAAAGGAAAUCACAUAAUAGUAGUAGUAUGCCUUGUCCCUCUGUGUCCCCCCCCCAGACCGUUCCCACGGAGGCUGACCCACCCAAACGGCGCGAGGCCUUCACGGAGUGGACGCGGAGGGAAGCGCAGCUGGCGGCCCUCCAUUACGAGGAGGAGAAGAGGAAGACGAAGCAGAUGCAGAAGGAAGCCGUUCUUGAUUUUGUCAAACUCAAGGCGUCCCAGACUCCACGGAAGCAGAGUUGCCUGGAGAGCGAGUGCCCCUUUCCAUCCCGAAGGUGUCAGCACACUGAUGACAGUGCCUUGCUGGUGAGCGAGGACCGAUCCACCAUCUCACCGAAUUCACCCACUUCUCAAACAGUUCACCUCUCUGCCCCAUACCCUGGCCCAGCCGCCCCUCCUUCCUACAGAGGGACUCCCCAGCGUCCCGAAAGCUUCCUUUUCCGAAAUGCUACCAGGGAGGAAGCAAACAGAGCCGUGACGGCGCUGCCGGCUUCUGCAUCAACUCCGGUUAAUUGCUCAGAUGACAUCGCCGAUAACCAUGAUUCCACCCUGCAGGAAGAAGAUGUUUUGGUGAUAGAGCAACUGCGAAAAAAUAUUGAAUCUCGGUUGAAAGUGUCUUUGCCGAACGAUCUCAGCGCAGCCCUGAUGGACGGCGUGGUGCUUUGCCAUUUAGCCAACCACGUGCGGCCUCGUUCCGUCCCCAGCAUCCACGUGCCCUCGCCAGCUGUCCCUAAAUUAACCAUGGCCAAGUGUCGGCGGAAUGUGGAAAAUUUCCUGGAAGCCUGUCGAAAAAUAGGGGUGCCUCAGGACAGCCUGUGUUCCCCUUCUGACAUUCUCCAGCUAAACCUCAGCAUUCAAAGGACUGUCGAAUCCCUCCUUUCUCUGGGCACCGAUUCCGAAGAGCCGAGUCUGGUGCUACUCUCUACUCAGCUUUGCGCUUUCGCUGCCUUUUACUGUACCCUGAUGCUUACGGUCUGCGUGUUCUACCGCUGGGUCUUUUUCCUCUGA